AUGCCCGGUUUGACUCAAUUUGGGACGCGAUUAGCAUCUGGUAUACCUUCUGGGGCUAUCACCGUUGGAUCUGGCGGCAAAUACUCCACUCUCUCUGCAGCAUUGCAAGACACUAGUAGGCAAGUACUUCGUUUGCCGCAUCACAGUCAAGUCGCCAUUAGUCGGUCAAACAUCAAAAUCUAUGGCGAGACAUCCGACUCCUCUAGUUAUACAGGAAACAAGGUCACGUUGACAGAUAACGUGCCUGCUUCCUCUGCUGGCAGCAAUGAUGCCAGCGGAACGGUUAGAAUUUUGGCCACAGGUGUGAAAUUGUACAAUUUGAACAUCGCCAAUACCUACGGCAAACCAGUGGAUCAGUCUCAAGCCAUUGCUUUGAGCGUACAAGCCGGACAGUUCGGAUGCUAUGGUUGCCAAAUUUCUCUGCCGUUGAAGACCUUUAUUGAAAGUGCCAAAGGGGACACAAGACUCGCCGUUAAUCUUACGGUGGUUAGAUAUUUGGCCAGACUGCCUCCAUCUGGAUCACCAAGAGCGUUAUUCAGACGUUCUGAUGAUGCCAACUACUAUGUCAUUAACAGUUCGACCAUCCAAGGUACGCAUAUUCUUGGAAGGCUCUCGAUGAAAGCCGACCUUGGAGGAACUAUGCCCGUGUCAUCUUCCAAAACUCGUAAGUGCUCACCUAGGGUGCAGAUGAACGUAUCUGACGCGAAAGCGGCAGGUUGGUCCGUCUGGAGUAGCUCAGAUACCAGGACCGAUCACGUUACAUUUGGAGAAUCUGGUGCAUGGAACUCGGCUCGCCCAAGCUUCGCGACCCAACUCAGCAGUGCUGUCUCUAUCUCAACCGUCCUCGGCUCGAGCUACACUAGCUGGGUCGAUACUACAUACCUCUGA